UCCACUUGAUCAUGGAUAAUCAAAUUCCUUUUCCAAUUAUCUUCACCUUUCUUGUUUUCUUCUUUAUGUUGCUGAGACUAUGGAGCAAAUCACAAAACAAGAAGUCAAAUUCUGGCGUUGCUCCUCCCUCGCCAUGGAAGCUACCACUCAUAGGAAACAUACAUCAAAUGAUUGGCUCUCUGCCCCAUCAACGCCUAAGAGUUUUAGCCAACAAAUAUGGACCUCUUAUGCAUCUUCAGCUUGGUGAAUUGUCCACCAUUGUCGUUUCUUCUCCGGAAGUUUCCAAAGAAGUAAUGAAAACCCAUGACAUUGCUUUUUCCGGUCGACCUUAUGCCCUUGCCGCAGAGAUCCUAUUCUAUAACUUUAAAGAUAUUGCCUUUGCGCCAUAUGGAGAUUACUGGAGACAGAUGCGUAAAAUCUGUACAAUAGAGCUUUUGAGCGGAAAAAAGGUUCAAGCAAUGCGAUCCAUCAGAGAGGAAGAGGUAUCAGAGUUCAUUAAAUCCAUUUCUUCGAAGGCCAGGUCGAAAAUCAACCUCAGUGAGAUGUUAAUUUGCUUAACAUAUGCAAUCACUUCAAAGGCGGCAAUUGGUAACAGUGGCGAGAUGCAUGGAGCAUUUGUACCACUUGUAAGAGAAAUGGUAGAGGUUUUUGGAGGUUUCAGUUUGGCUGAUAUGUUCCCUUCCAUAAAAUUAUUUCAUAUGAUCAGUGGUAUGAGGACUCGGCUUGACAAGUUGCAUCGUGAAGUUGAUAAGAUACUUGAAAACAUCAUCAAUGAACAUAAAGUUAAGAAGGCAACAAUUGAUUCUAGUGAGGAAGUUGUUGACGAUGUGGUAGAUGUUCUCUUGAAUCUUCAGAAAUGUGGGGAUUUUCAAUUCCCUUUGGCAGCAGAAAACAUUAAAGCAGUUGUACUGGACAUUUUGAGUGCUGGAAGUGAAACAUCAUCUACAACUUUAGAAUGGGCUAUGUCAGAAUUGAUAAAGAAUCCAGGAAUUAUGAAAAAUGCUCAAGCAGAGGUGAGACAAGUCUUUGAUAGAAAAGGAUAUGUAGAUGAAGUCGGACUCGAAGAUCUAGAAUUCUUGAAAUUAGUUAUCAAGGAAACUUUGAGGUUACACCCUCCUUUUCCAUUGUCAGUCCCAAGACUUUGUAGACAGAGAUGUAAGAUUCUUGGAUAUGACAUACCCGUCAAAGCCCAAGUCAUCGUUAACACGUGGGCUAUUGGAAGGGAUCCGAAUUAUUGGAUUGAUGCCGAGAAGUUCUAUCCCGUGAGAUUCGUCAAUAGUUCUAUUGAUUAUAAGGGAAAUAACUUUGAAUUUAUCCCAUUUGGUGCUGGAAGGAGGAUAUGCCCUGGCAUAUCAUUUGCAAUAGCAAGCAUUGAGCUUACACUUGCAAAGUUACUUUACCAUUUCGACUGGAAGCUUCCUAACAGCAUCAAACCUGAAGAACUAGACAUGAUGGAGAGUGUUGGUAUUUCAGUUGGAAGAAAAAAUGAUCUGUAUGUAAUCCCCAUUCCUUACCAUGCCACAAUUGCUCAGUAA